AUGCGGCAACGCGGCGGAGAUUAUCCUAGUAGUACUGCUUCCAGGAAGAAGACGACGAGGAAGAGCGUCCUUGCGGCCUCCUGUGCUCAUGAUGAUGAUUCUCGAGACCCCGCACCACCGCCACUCUCUCUCCCCAUCCAUUCUGAUCAAUCACCUCUCCCCAACCUGCAGGCUGGUCACAGCCCUCCUCCUCCUCCUCCUCCUCAGCGAGAUGAUUCAAGCGGCAAACCAUCAAUUAUGCCACAAAAACAUAUGCUCCAGCGGGUCAUUGACAUCCUACAAAGGAGAGACACCUAUGAAAUAUUUGCUGAACCAGUUGACCCAAAUGAGGUUGAGGAUUACUAUCGAAUUAUCAAAGAGCCCAUGGAUUUCGGUACCAUGAGGGCUAAACUUCACGAAGGAAUGUACGACAGUCUUGAGCAAUUCCAGCACGACGUAUUUCUUAUAACAAGAAACGCAAUGCAUUUUAAUUCAUCGGCUACUAUUUAUUUCAAACAGGCUCGUGCUAUACAUGAAUUGGCUGUGAGGGUUUUUCAUGUUUUGGGGACUGAUCCUGAAAACUUUGAAGUGGAAUUUUCGGGGACAAGACGAAGAUCUACAAGGAGAGCACACAAUGAAGCCAACAGUGAUAGACUUACCAAACAUGUCAAGGCCAGUAGCGUAGCAGCUAAUUUUUAUUCAAAGGGCACACUGAGUUCGCUUGAUACAUCCGUAGUUGGGAAAGCCAGUAGGAGAAAACCCUUGGUAGCUAGUAGCACGGCUUUCCAUACCAACAAAAACAGCUGUGGUCUCUUUUCUGGAGCAACAGUUGGUCGAAGGUCAAAUUAUGUUGCAACAGAUCGCCGUUCCAUGUAUAUACCUCAGAGUCAGAGUGACAAAAAUAUAUUUGGCUCAAAUUGCUUCCCCGCCAAGCCACUUGUUCUUACAAGUCACCAGGGUACUAAUUACAGAGAGAGUUUGUUGUUGUUUGUGAAAGAUCUGGGACCAAUUGCACAUAUGUUCGCCGCCCAGAAGACACGAGGACUGCAUGAAAGUAGUUCUACUUGUCAAACAGUGGGUUCAACAGGUUGGGGGAUUCAGGCUACAGAUCAACGUCAAACACCUGCUGCAUGUGGCUUCGGCCUAAGAGAACCCCACCAUUGGAAUUCUGUCUGCACCAGUGCAUCUCACAGAUUCUCAGGCUUACUUCAUGGAUGCUGCUGCUCUGCACUUGAGACGACGGCUGACAUAAUAAUUGAUCGUGGUAGUGGUGAGGGAGGAGAAGAGAACGUUGGUAAGAGAAGAAAGAGUUGUACUGAGGAUGCUUCUAUAUCUGAUAAUGGUGCAGAAACUGCAGGCAAUACUGGGGAAGCAAAUGUGGUUAGUGCAAGUGGCAGAGGGAAAGUCACACGAGAUGGCAAAAGCAGUACUACCGAGUCUUGGUUGGGUUCAUGCUCUUGUGAUGUUAGUGUUGGUGGCAUCGGUGCAGGGAAUUUGAAUAAUUCAUGGAUAGUCAGCAACAAGAACAAAAGUGGCAAGGCUGGUAUGGUGACUACUAGUGCUGAUACGGCAGGAGGAGGCAAGUUGGAUGAAAGUGUACACCUGCCGGUUGUCUUAGCUUUGGAGCAUUCUCAUGGAAAUGUAACUUCUGAAUUGAAGUCGAGAAACAGGAAAAGCUGCAGAGCUGCAGCAGAAGACUGGGGCUCACAAUCACAAAGCAAAUCAUCUUCAAACCAUGUGAAUAUUACGUGGGGAAGAUGCCACGAGGCCACGGGUGGUUUGGCUACGUCAAUGAAGGUAUUGCAACCCCUGGAUUCGAGCAAGAAGAAGAAGAAUACUACUACGAUGGAGGGACCCCCUGCCUCCUUGUCUGAUCAACCAUUCACGUUCAAUAUGUGCUUUUUGAAGGCUCAGCUCAAUCAAAUGAAGCUUCCCGAGGCAGCGGAAAGGAACAAGCAAGGCGGGCAGAGGCAUGAUGAUGAUGAUGAGCUACAGUUGAUAAAAAGCCCAAAUUGGGACAGGGAUAAUGCCGAGACCCGUCACAAGAGGGCUUCAGCUUCAUAUUUCCACGUCCAAGGCCAGAAAAGAACUAGGCUUUAUAAUGCUACUGCUACAGCUAAUACGGCCUUGCUAGCAUUAAAAUCUACUAGUGGUAGUCGUCCGCUAUCAUCAUUGGAACCAAGAAUCACUACUAAUAGUUAUGCCUCUAAGCCCGUCCAUGCCGUUACCCUACCUACUAAUAACAACGACACCACCACCAGUAGCAGCAAUACAAACACUGAGUCAUCAUUUUCCUCAUGGCCUUGGGGGAGUGGAUGCUAUGGACGCGGAGCCGGCUCUCAAGUUGAGCAGAAUUGGAGUUGAAAAACGCCAGCACCAUCACCUAUUUUUUCUUUCUCACCGGUCACGAUCCCCUCCUUCACCUGGUCCACUAUCACUACCCUCCCAUCGCCCACCCCUAUCCCCAUCAACCUUCCACUUCCUCUCUGCUUUCCUUCACCCCUUCCUCCUCCUUUUUUGUCUUCUUGGGACUUGAACUGGUUUAGACGGGGUGGGUGGAAGGGGCGAGAGGGACAGGAAUUCCUCAUGCAGAGGCAAGUAGAAACCAAAGAAGCAGGAGACUCCAGCAAACUAGCAAUUGGGACUGGUACGGGUAGGAAUGGCAACGUCCCCCGCCCCGCUGCCCAGUAGUACCUGCCGCC